CUCAGCUGUAAUAUCAAAUACUAACAACAAUUGUCAUCCAAUUUAAAAUGGGUCAACUGGUUCUGGCAAAUAAAAAUAUUCUCUUCCUUCUCAUUUAUGGAGCUUUAAAAUUUCAAACAUAUAUUUUUGGUCUAUAUCUUGUCAUUGGAACAUUGAAACUCCGAGUUAAACCCCAAAGUAGUCCCUAAGAUUCACAAAUUGCACCGAUUUAGUCCCUGACUUCCCAAUUGCACCAUUUAUAUUCUUGAGAUUGGAAAAAAUGCACCUAGUGAGUCCCUUCUCCCUUUUCCAUUGAAUCUCCUUCCCGGCGGCAAUGAUGUGGCAUUUUUUUGCCACGCUGGACUAUGGAGAACGGCGUCGUAUUAGUAUUUUGGCGCUAAAAAAUAAAAACGACGCCGCUUCAUUCACGAAGGAGUUACCAAAACUUAUACCCCCCAUAUUCAAAGACUUCGUCACUUCAUCUUCUUCAUCACAUUUGAACUGAAAGCUCCAUAGCCUGGGUUCUGGUAGUCCUUUGAGGUUUUCUGUGGUAAGACAAAUUGGAGAGGUUCGAAACUUGCUCAUCGGUCGUUCAAAAUCGGGGAAGGAAGGAGCAAAGCUUCCUCGUGAAUCCCGUGACACAGAGGUAGACAUGCAGUGAAUAAACUAUUUUUUAUUUAUCUUUUAUAGAGUUAAGGUAUCCAUUGUUGUGAGUUUGAGUUGGAAAUUUUGUGUUGGUUGAUGAAAAAUUAUUGAAUGCUAUAGUAUUAGGUAGGGUUUAGGGUACUGGGUGGUGUGGGUUUGGAUUUUGUCAAUGCUCUGUUUUCACAUAGGGAAUGAGGGUGUUUUUACAAUGGCAAUGUGAUGAAGUAUCUGUUUUUAAACAAUAUUGGAUUAUGUUGUACUGUGGUUUGUUGAUUAUAUUAUAAGUAGCAUACAUUAGAUAAAUUGUGAUACUUGUUUUUCACUGUAGAUGGAAAAAUUGCUGGAUAUCAUGUUCCACCAUGGUGGGACCUUUAAGAAGAAUGAUGAUGGAAAAUUGGUUCACUCACCUGACAAUAGAAGUUGUUUAGGAGAUUUAGAUGAGGAUACCCUAGAUGUUUUUUUCGUGAGAAACUAUUUCAAGGAGCUGGGGUAUGACAAGGUAGUUGAGUGCUGGUGGCUGGUUUCUGGAAGGAGCUUGGAGGUGGGACUGAGAGCUCUGACAAGUGAUGAUGAACUAAGGGAGAUGUGCUUCCAUGCAGAGAGGAAUGAUGGAGUAGUUGAUGUGUUUUUUGAACAUGGAGUUUCCACACCUGAACUGAUGGAGGGAAAAAGGGAUGUGAUGUUACUUGAUUAUGAAGUAGAAGAGUUUUCACAUGGUGACUUACAGAGUAACAAGGAAACACAUGUGGAUACCUCAAAUCAAACCCCAGUUGACAAAUCGACUACAAACCCAAUUCCAAAUCUCUCAACUACAAACACAAUUCCUUCUACUACAACUCCCAUUCCAAACCAUCCUGCUGCUGACCCCCUCACUACAAAUCCCACCAAUGAAGAGCUCAACCCCAUGGAUGAACCUGAAAAUCUCAAACCCAAUUAUAGGCCCAACCCAAAAUUCAGUAGAAAAUCCAACCCAGCUCCCAUUGUGAAACAUAAUCAGAAGCCAACUCCAAAGCCCAAGAACCUUCUGAAGCCCAAGAAAACUCAUUCAAAGUCCAAGUCUAACUUCACUUCCAAACCCAAACCCAAAUUUAACCCACCUAAAAGAAUAACAAGAUCUCAGGCAAAGGGGAAGAGCACUAACAAAGACAAGGGACCUCUUCAUGUGGAUUUAACUGUCAAUGAAUCAGGAAGUAGUGAUGGCAGCUCUAGCAAUGAUGAAGAAUUGGUUGCAAGAGUUUCGAAACCAAUUAGGAAAGAGGUCAAAAAGGUUCAAAAGAAGGCAGGCAUGGCUAAAGGGAAGGAGAAGAUAGGAAAAGAUAAUAUAAUGCAAGAUGAUGAUGCAAUAGUUGAGGAUUUAUCAGAUGUAGAGGUGGACCUGGGUUUUGUAGGAAGUCCAGGUGAAGGAAUUUGGUAUGAAGCUCUCGACCCUGGUGCAGAAUCUGAUGGAGCCAACUCCUAGCACUCGGAGGAGAUGAAAACUCCUCCUAACUCUGAGGAUGAGAUGGAAUCCGAUGGGGAUUCAGAUGAAUUUCCCAUAUUCCAAGGGGGCCAAAGGUUUGGUGAGCUGCAACUUCAAGUGGGCAUGAAGUUCAAUACUAAACAAGAAUUCAGGGAGGCUGUGAAAGAGUUUACCAUUCAGGAGGGAAGGGGGAUUAAGUUCGUUAAGAAUGAUAAUAUCAGGUGUAGGGCAGUUUGCCAAGUAGAAGAGUGUGCAUAGGUUGUGUAUGCUUCAAGAGAUCAUGAGAACUGUUGCUGGCAGAUAAAGACAUUUUAUGAUGAUCAUACAUGUCCAAGAAAAAAUUCAAAUAGGGCUGCAAACAGAGCAUGGUUGGCUAGUAGGUUGGUUAAAAAGGUUAGAAAGUAUCCUAAUUUCAAGCAAUGUGAGACUGCAGUGUACUUUAGGUCGAAAUGUGAUCUAAUUCUGCAUAGAAACUCAAUAGCUAGAGCCUUGGCCGAUGCAAGGAAUGUUGUUUAUGGCGAUGAGAAGGCACAGUAUGCCUUGUUAAGGGAUUAUGCUGAAACGCUUCUGACAACGAGUCCCGGAUCUACUGUAAAGAUUGGGGUGAUUCCAUUGCCUGAUGGACAAGUCAUGUUUGAGAGAAUGUACGUUUGCUUGAUGGUUGCAAGAACGGGUUCAGAUCAGGGUGCCGCCCACUAAUUGGACUUGAUGGUGCAUUUCUGAAGACACAGAUUGGAGGCCAGAUAUUAUCAGCUGUAGCCCAAGAUGCAAAUCAUCACAUAUAUGUGAUUGCUUGGGCUAUAGUGAAUGUUAAAAAUAAGGAGAACUGGAAGUGGUUUCUUGAGCUACUCCACGAGGAUUUAGGAGACUAUAAGGCAAACGGGUGGUGUUUCAUAUCUGACAUGCAGAAGGGAUUGAUUUCUGCUGUAGAAGAUGUCAUGCCACAGGUCCAUCAUCGUUUCUGUGUAUGGCACCUGUGGCGAAAUUUCAACAAACAGUGGAAGGAUCUUGAGCUGAGGAGACUUCUUUGGGAUGCUGCUAGGUCAACCACGCUUCAAGACUUUAUUGAUAACAUGGACAAAAUAAAUAGGGUCAGCGAGGAGGCAUGGACAUACCUGAACAAGUGGCCAAUGCAUUCAUGGACAAAGUCUCAAUUUAGCCACAGGCCAAAGCUGGAUAAUAUUUGCAACAAUGCCUGUGAGGUGUUCAAUGCACGAAUCAAGGAGGCUAGGAGCAAGCCAAUCAUCACAUUGCUUGAAGAGGUAAGAAUGUUUGUUAUGCGAUCGAUUGCAAAGAAUAAAGUAAAGUUGAACAACCACGUGGGGAAACUACCUCCUGUUAUUCAGAGCCGAUUGGAAAAGGUUCGCAAGGAAUCAAAGAAUUGGGUUCCUAUAUGGACUGGAGAUGAAGAAUAUGAAAAAUUUGAGGUCCAUGGACACCCAACUAACAUGGUUGUUGAUUUAGGCAAGAGACUUUGCACUUGUCAGUUCUGGAUGUUAACAGGCAUUCCCUGUGUUCAUGCUUGUGCUGCUCUUGCACGGGUGAACAAGAGACAUGAGGACUUCUAUCAUCCCUUAGUCACCAUGGACUCAUACAGAAAGACAUAUGAACAUCACAUCAAUCCUCUCCUAGCAUCCCUAUGAAAAAAAUCAGCCUACAGUCAGUCCCAAACUCCUAACAUUAAACGUAGACUUGAAAAAUUGAUAACCAAAAGACGAAAGGAUGCUGAUGAGGGUACUAGUGGAAACAAGAAACCUAAGGGAGCCGUUACUCUAAAGAGACAGCUAAAGCCGUUCACAUGCACAUACUGUGGAAUAAAGGGCCACACCAAGAGGGGAUGUAAAAAAAAAGAGCCGAUGAACUAGCUGCUGCGCUUGCUGCUGCAGCAGCUGCUGUGGCGGCAGCCAAGUCCAAAACUGUCCCAGCUGAGAGUACACCUGCAGCUGAAGCUACAAACACCUCUAAUGUGGUACCACAAGUAGAUGAAGCUCCUCCUGGUGUAGCUGUCCAGAAUCAUGCUCAAGUGGAGGUUACCGAGAUUGACUUAUCCCAACCAAAUUAUGGUGGACACAAGAUGAGGUCCCACUACCACCACCACGAACAACAAGGCCAGAUAAAUUGCCAACAAAAAGGAAGAACUCACCAUCACCAGUAUCUGCUUCUCUUGAUCCCAUGCAAGGAGCAAGCGCAGCAACGUCUUUUAGGUUGGCAAACUUUUUGAAGUUUGUUCCAACUCCAGGGUUUAAACCACCAAGGAAGAAAAACACUAAGUAAUUGGAUGUUGUGGCUGCUGAAGUUUGACUGAUCACAUAUGGAAUUUAGGCACUAGUUGUUUCCUUAUUUUGGAUAUUUUCAUUUAGGAGUAGCACAUAACCACACUGUAAUGGUUAAUUUUUAUUUUUGGUAGUUAUAAACCUUUAAAAUUGGGCUUAUUUUAUUCCUUUUUGGUGCUGUAUUUUGGUGUUUAUCAGCUGCUACUCCUUUGACAAUGUUUGACAAUAUCUUAGUUAUAAUCAGAAUAUGGUUUUAUCAAUUUACUUGUUCUGUUUUAUUUAUUCAGUUUUGUUAUUAUCUUUGUAAACUAUUUACACAGAUCACACCAAUAAUUCAAAGAUUGCCCAUUCAUUCUUAAACAAUACACAACUGUUACAUUUUAACAAUCACAACCACUACAACAACUAACAGGAAAAAAAUCAACAACCCUAACAUUUGUAUUACAUAUUUCUGGCUCCUUAAUUCAGCCUCCAAAUUGCCAAUCCUCACUGCAACACUCACGCUAAUUUCUUCAUUGUUAUAUGCUGCAGCUUCUUCAAAAUUGCCAUUAUCAUCUUCUACAACAUCUGCUCAUCGAAAAAAUUCACACCACCGUUUUCCACUACACUGUCACCAGUAAAUUUAAGGAUUCAGGAGUUGAACAUUACAAAACAGAAACAACAUCUCUUAGACUCAAACUCACAUUAUAAUUCGGACAUCCGAAGAAGGGUUUGUCUGGGUGGGCAUCUGUUCCAGACCAUCGGAGCACAGGGCGUUUCCCACACCCACAACGAUCUGGAACUCGUGAGGCUCUGCUGCGACUAGGUGUCCUUGUGGUCGAUCGAAUAGAACUCUCGUCUCCCUCAUUUGCACGUCCAACCAUGGUUAAACCCAACACAGCAACGACGAAUGAAUCGAACAGGGAAGAAGAAGAAGAAGAAGAAGAAGAA